CUUUGUGUCUCCAUGGUUCUGGGUUGGUAACACGGCAACGGGCAACAGCACGCAGCACAGUGACGUAAUACUCACGCCCAUAUCCAGCGCAGAGGCUGCUGGGAAGAAAGGUCAAGAAUCGAUGGCAGCGGAAGGUACGGACUGACUGCAGCUUCAAAGAUCACCGCUGUGUACGAGGGACUAGAAAUACCAAAACUACUACGUAACCACUUCAAACGAGACCUGUACGCGUCGCUGUUCACAGCUUAGCAUCGGUUAUUCGUAGAUAUCGUCCGUUUUUCUGCAGUCGACACAGCGGCUAGCUGCCGUUAGCUGGCUAGCAGCGCAUUGUUAUUGUUUCAGCUUCGUGUGGCGGCCGGAUAUAAACACCAAACCCCGGCGUGCCCCAGCCGAGGCCGGGGUCCGGGACUGCCUGAGUGAUGUUUUUCUGUCCGUCCCGGGAAGAUGGAUGAGAAGUCCAGCAGCAUCAGCCACCACCGGCUCCUGAUCGUCCUGCUCAUGGUGUUGCUGUUUGGCGUCAUUAUGAUCCAGUAUGUUUGCCCGAGCAGGUCCGAGUGCCACAUGUUACACCAUCUGGGAUCCUGGUUUAAAGACGGCGGUGCGUCUGGCUCCCGAAGCAGGGGUAAUGAGAUCCAAGACGGGCUCCAAAGAGAUCCGUACAUCGCAGAAGAUGGAGCUCUGGUCCGCUUUGUCCCUCGCUUCAACUUCACCAAAGUUGAUUUAAAUCGUGUUGUAGACUUCAACAUAAAGGGGGAUGAUGUUAUAGUGUUUCUGCACAUUCAAAAAACAGGUGGCACCACGUUUGGUCGACAUCUUGUGCGAAAUAUUCAGCUGGAGAGGCCCUGCGAGUGUCACGCAGGUCAAAAGAAAUGUACCUGCUUUCGGCCAGGCAAAAAAGAAACUUGGCUCUUUUCCCGGUUCUCCACCGGCUGGAGCUGCGGGCUUCAUGCGGACUGGACUGAGCUGACCAGCUGCGUCCCUUCACGCAUGGACUCGGGAGAGGUCCCGGAGAACCUGCCCAGGAACUAUUAUUAUAUAACCAUCUUAAGAGACCCAGUAUCGCGCUACCUGAGCGAAUGGCGUCACGUGCAACGUGGUGCCACAUGGAAGGCCUCCUUACACGUGUGUGAUGGACGUUCACCGACGCUGUCUGAGCUCCCAAGCUGCUACUCUGGGGACGACUGGUCAGGUUGCUCGCUGCAGGAGUUCAUGGACUGCCCCUACAACCUGGCCAACAACCGGCAGACCCGCAUGCUGGCUGACCUCAGCCUGGUGGGUUGCUAUAACGUCUCUGCCAUGAGCGAGGAAGAACGCUGGGCGGUACUUCUAGAGAGCGCCAAACGUAACCUACGUGGCAUGGCCUUCUUUGGGCUGACCGAGUACCAGCGGAAGACCCAGUAUUUGUUUGAGCGCACCUUCAACUUGGAGUUCAUCGCACCCUUCACGCAGCUUAAUGGUACACGCGCCUCCAGUGUCGAGGUACCUUCUGAGACGCAGCACAGAAUCCUCCAGCUGAACCGAUGGGACGUCGAGCUAUAUGAGUAUGCCCGUGACCUUUUCCUGCAGCGUUUCCAGGUGGCGAGGCAGCAGGAGCGCAGGCAGGCCAGGCAGAGGCGGCAGCAGGAGAGGAGGCGGCUCCGUGGAAGGUUCACAACAAAGCAAGGGACGCAGCUGAAGCCCACAGAAACACCACGCCAGCCUGACAGACACUCGGUAGUAACUGAGGAGCAGGACAGGGGGAAGGCUGAUGGAGACAAUGUGGAGUCAGAAAUGCUCCUCCCAGACUGGUGGGAUCUGGAUGAGAACAGCACGAUGGAGGACUACAUGGACAAUGUGGAACAGUGGUAGUGACAGGAACAGGAAGUAGGAUGUCUUAAUAAUAAGUGUGCCAAGUUCUGCCUUGUCUGAUCUUAAUGAAGUUAUUUUGAAUAUAUGCCUUCCACUACAUUUUCUUUUAUUCACGCCAUGAACUUGUGUCAUUAUUCUAUUUAUUGAUUCUGAUUGUAUUUCUUUGCCACAACUGACAUUCAUAAUGGAUACAUUUACAGAAAGAGAGGCUGCUUUAGGUACCUGCAAUCCGAUACCUGUCAUACUUUUCUCCUGGGUUCUUGUGACGUAGCUUGACAUGAGGAGAUGUUUAUUUUUUCUUUGUUUAAAAAAAGAACAGUGUAACACUUGU